AUGCAGGCGCGGGGGAAGAUCCAUGCGCGCCGACAAAAAAGUUGCGCCAGCUUCAAGCAACUCUCCGCGCGCAUUGGACAUGGACCAGCGUACACAAUCAAGGACAUGAAGAGAACAUACGUGCCCGUUCCCGGCUCUAAGCCGAAGCCGAAAGCCAAAGACACGCCCUCGAAGGUGCAAUUGAGCCAGGAAUUCAUUGGCAGCGACUCCGACUCCCCAGCCGAGACGGCGCCCAAGCCGAAGCCGAAGACGACCAUCGCCGUACACCGACCAACCGCAGCGGCCAAAUCGAAGGAGAAGCCGAGUAAAAAGGACACUGCGGCGCCAAAGCCCCAGCCAAAAGCGAAGCCUGCACCAAAAGAGCCUACGCCGGCGACGGUCGUGACCCAAGCGCAAGCUGACGAGCUUUCGACCCCAGAACAGACGGACGAUGACGAUGUACCGACGCGAGACAUACAGACGAAGCUUGCGGAGAGGGAUGCAAGCGCGAGCGAAAGCGACAGUGGCAGCAGCGACAGUGGCAGCAGCGACGAAUCUUUUGCAAAUGAAGCACCCCAACUUGCGCAAGCGCGACCAUCGCAAACGCAGCCACAUAGCGUAGAGUUCCGCCCAGCGCAGGCGUUCGUGCCACCCAAAGGCUUCACUGCUGUGACCUGCAACGACAAGACCAUGUCUAAGUCGGCGCGCAUCUUCGACAACCUUGAGGGCAAGCAGAUAUGGCACAUCACAGCACCUGUAGGUGUCUCGUUGAACGACCUGAAGGAGAUAGCCAUGGACAGUGCCCUGAACGGUGGAGCUGUUUUGCAGCACAAGGGCACGAGCUACGGCUUCUCAACAUCAGAAGAGAGAGAGCAUAGUCUCCGUCUCCAGGCUGCGGUCCAGCUUCCCAAGUUGACCUCUCUCCAAGCUGACCAGAAUACUGGCUCAGAAGCGGCAGCUUCCAUCACACGAUCUACUAUUCGCGCACCUCGACCACAGCUGAAAGGCCUGAAGAUGCGCUUUCUUCCGAUCGGUUUCGGUAGCGGAGACAUAGGAACGCUCGGAGAUUCGGACAGCGAAGGAGACACGCCACAAGAGACGGCAGGGCUCGGAAUGCCCAACGAGCUCAAUCUGCCGUCGCGGAAGGAGAAGCGGAAACACACCGAGUUGAACGGAGACAGCAGGAUAGAACCGCCAUCGAAGAAACCCAAGAAGCCUCGGACUGCCGAGGAUGUCCAGCGCAAGGAGGAGCGCAGAGCAAGGAAGGAGAAAAAGCGUGCCCAAGCUUCGGUGGAAUCGAAAUCUUGA